AUGCUGCGCGUCUACGCGACUUCGGGCGAGGUCGUUGCGACCACCUCUGCGGAGGAGCUGCGGGAGCUGGAUUGGGAUCGUCCAGUUCGAGCUUUGAAGCGUCACCUCCAGGGCUUCUGUGGAGCGCCACGGUUCAAACAGCGGCUUCUGAAAAACACCAUCACCUUGGCCGACGAUGACGAGCUGGACGGACCGGCAGAGUUGCAGCUCAUUCUCCUGCCGCACUGCCAGACUUCCCCAACACAGGAAGCCGAGCUCAUGCGCGCAGCAGCCCGCGGUGAUGCUCAGCAGGUCGAGGAGAUGUUGCAGAGGCCGCAGCAUCCGGACGAGUGCUCAGCGGUUGCUCGGUGCCGUGCAAAUGUUGUUCGUGCGGCUGGGGACACGACGCCCUUAAUCUGCGCAGCUCAGUGUGGCCACGUGAGUGUUGUCCGCCUGCUGUUAGAGGCCGGCGCUGCCACUGACAGGGCACAUCAGCACAAUCUCACGACGGCCUUGGCUGCAGCUUUUGCUGCAGGUCACGCGGACGUCGCCCAGGUUCUGAAGGAAGCCGUCGCUCAAAGAGGCGAAGCUGACAACUCCAGCAAGAUGGCCUUGGCUUUAGAACAGGGCGGCGCUGCUGGUGAAUGGGGGGACAUCUUUCGCUUCAGUUCUGCAACUACUGAGACACCAGUUGUGUUCCGGCUUGGCUACACAAGCAAGGAGGAUCAUGAGCAGCUUCACUGA